UCAAGUUUAGCUUCUAUACUUCCGCGGUAAGGAUUAGAUGUGUAGUUACAUUGUACCGUUUAGUUUAGAGAUGCGGCUACCUUAGCCUGACAACGUUACAAUUAAUUUUGGAUAUUGUGUGCAAUUGGUGGUGCGGACGAAGAGGCGUUUUUGUCAUUUAUUGAAAGAGUAACGAUUACUAACCUUCCGCAAGUCUGUCUGUCCGUGUUGAGGUCUUUUUGGUAGCAUAGUCAACAGCCUUUAUCUACAGUUAGAGUAACGAUAUCUGGAAUCGACCAUAGAAAACUGAGGGAAUUGGGAUACUAGCCUAACGUUACACACAUUUCGAUUUAGUAGUUGUUACCCGAUAGUUAUUGUUAACUUUCGGUAUGCAGUAAGUGGAAGUGUUAUACGAACGAACGAUAGCUUUAAGUUAGCUCUAACUUAACGUUACAGUUCGACAUCUUUCCUUCAUUGCUCUAAAUGCACAGUUCACGUAACGCUAUCUAGCGUGGUAGCAGAUGUAGCUGAACUAGCAUUUCUCAGUCACCUAUCGUUUACGGGUGCCAGCGUCAACAGAUUGUUCCUAGCUUGCCAACUCCCGUGUUUUUAUUAGCGCAAACAUCGACUAACUACACUACAGUGUUUUGAACUGUUAGCUGGCUAGUAUCUAUAGUCGAGUUUAUAGCAUUCGGUGGUAGCUCUUGGCAAAUGUUAGGUAGCUAAUGCAAAACGACCGGGAGUGAAACAACGUAGUCUAAGUAACCUUGUACCUGACUAGUUUAGUUGGAGGCCUUGUGUGAUCGUGAUAUUUUUCUACAAGGUUGGCCAUUGGCGAUAAUUCACACGUAGUUUGCUAACUGCCAAUUUGUGAAGACGGGGUUCUUAAUCUCGCGUUUAUGACGAUUUAUUUAGUCUAACAAAAUAGGUCGCGCUACGUAAGUACUACUAUCGCGCGUUAUUGUUUAUAUUAUUGUUCGCAAACGUUAGGUGGCCAGCCAUAACUGGGGUGGGAGCUAGCUAAUAACGAUACUCCUGAGGGAACUCGUUAUUGACUGAUAAUUACAGUAUGAAUGGGUUUAGUACGGAAGAAGACAGCCACGAUGGCCCGUCGGCGCCGCCGUUUUACGGCCAGAGUUGUUGUUUAAUUGAAGACGGGGAGCGCUGUGGCCGCUCUGCUGGAAACGCCUCCUUCAGCAAGCGGAUCCAGAAGAGCAUAUCGCAGAAGAAACUGAAACUGGACAUCGACAAGAGCGUGAGACACCUGUACAUCUGUGACUUCCACAAGAACUUCAUCCAGAGCGUCCGCAACAAACGCAAGAGAAAAACCAGCGACGAUGGCGGGGAAUCCCCCGACCACGACGUUGAAAUACCAGAGGUGGAUCUGUUUCAGCUUCAGGUGAACACCCUGAGACGCUACAAGAGGCACUACAAGCUGCAGACCAGGCCCGGCCUUAACAAAGCACAGCUGGCAGAGACGGUGAGCCGUCACUUCCGGAAUAUUCCUGUGAACGAGAAGGAGACGCUGACCUACUUCAUCUACAUGGUGAAGAGCAACAAAAGCCGACUGGACCAGAAAUCCGACGGCAGUAAACAGCUUGACUGAGGUUACAUAUUUCAGCGCGAUUUUAAUUUGGUGGUUGUGCUCGUAAGCCGAAUGGUUUGUAGGCCUACCCAGCCUGGCCUAAAUUAAGACUUUUCAGACUCCGCAGGGUGAAUUUAUUAUGUGAAUACACCAUUAUCUGGAAGAAAUAAUUCAUUUAGUUAAGCCCCAGAUUAAAUCUUUAUACUUAACUUUAUACUACAAAUGUAGGGGUUAUAAACCCCCCCACACAGUUUACUGGUGACUCUUUCCAACUGUUAAAUGUUGUGUCGAAAACAGAAGUAGCAGUUUCUUAAUAUUGUUCCACAGAACUCCGUCAUAUUGAGUUGCAGUUGAAUAAAAUGUAACGGACGAGACCCAGUUUGGCUGAGGUAGAAAUAGGCCUACUCUUUUUUUAUUUUUAUUUUUUAUUAUCCCUUUUCUACUUUAAAUUCUUGUCUUGGCUGUUCAUUGUGCCAAACCCCAGGGCAAAAAAAGUUAAUCCUGAUGGAAAUGUUCCCCUUGGUGAUUUUGCUGAGAUAACGCCGGCAGCGUGGUCCAGUAGCUAAUGCUGUGGGUGCCGAGAAAGCGUCGUUAUUUAAAUACGGACUGCUGCGCCGAGACUGAAGACUGUCAGAGAGCCUGCCGCUUCUCUGUGCUGAUUUGACACUUUCCCCCUUCAGCUCUGUUCUUUUCUGCCCGUCUUUCUGUGACUGGCAGGAGCAGACCCGUAGCGCAUUAGAACUCGUAAUACAGGCUGCGUUGCUUCAUACUACCGAUGACUCGCGCGUUACGAGCCACACGGCCGAGAGCUCGCCCGUUAUCCGCCUCGCGGCCGAGGACUCGGGCGUCACGAGCCGUUUCCUUCCCUGUGCGCCCUGGCUUCCCGCUUGCGCCUCUCCAGAUAUAGGAUCUGUCCGCUGAAACGUAUGAAUGUUUGAAUGUUGUAGUUUCUUAGUUUGAGAUUGUAUGGACUAUGUAAAUUAAAAAAUGACUUAUUUCCGGUCUGCUUUUUUUUUUUUUUUUUUUUGCUUCAAGUGUCAAACGAAAUCAAGGUGUUUAAAAAUUAAAGAAUGUUUUUUUUU